GCCGCCGUCAAGAACUUCACCAACGUUCCUUGCUUUCGACGGUCACUAAACUCCGAAAAUGUUCUCAGACCUUCACAAGCGCUUUGCCAACGUAUUUCGUCCGGGGCACCGGCGCACGCAGAGCGCGGCAAGGCCUACGGGCGGGGGUGGCGCGACUCCAGCAGCAGCAGCGCCGCCGCCUGCAGCGCAUCAUGCGGCGGGUCCUGGGCUGUCGCGUAUGCGCUUGGGGACUGAGGAUGAUCCUGAGCAAAAUCCACUCAUGAUCGAGUUCUUCACAUGGGACGCGCUGCGCGAUGACAUGAGCUGGUGGCAGCAUCUAGAGCAAGAGCUGCCUGAGAUGGCGCGCAUGGGAAUAACACAAGUCUGGAUUCCGCCUCCAAACAAGGCUGCCGCGAAGACUGGCAGAGGAUACGACGCAUAUGACAUUUGGGAUCUGGGAGAGUUCGACCAGAAGGGCAUGGUGAGGACGCGGUGGGGUUCGAAGGAAGAGCUCCUGCGCGCAUGCCGUACAGCCAAGCAAGUCAAAGUCGAUGUCAUUGUCGACGCGGUCAUCAACCAUAAGCUUGGGGCUGACCGCGUGGAGACUUUCCCCGCAGUCCGCGUCGACACUCAGAACCGGCUAAAGGAGCUGAGCAAAGUACACGAGAUUGAAGGCUGGACAGCCUUCGACUUCCCUGGACGAGGCGACAAGUACAGCAAGAUGAAGUGGACCCAGGAGCACUUCACUGGUCUCGACUGGGACCAGCGUACACAGCAACAAGGGAUUUACCGCAUUGCAGGCAAAGGCCACCAUGGCUGGAGCCGCAACGUAGGUACCGAGUUCGGCAACUACGACUACCUUCUAGGCGUGGAUAUCGAUCACCGCCAUCCUGAGGUUCAGGAAGAUUUCCUGCGCUGGGGUCCCUGGAUGCUGGAGACCCUAGGCGCAGCCGGAUUCCGGAUCGACGCCGCCAAGCACAUCGACUACAAGUUUAUGCUGCAGUGGAUCACCGCGACGCGCCGGAAUGCGCAAGAACCGCGGAUGUUCUGCGUCUGUGAGUGCGUCAAGCUCAUUCUGCCCUACAUUCGGGCAUUCAAAGGAGAGGCUGUGUUCUUCGACGUGCCGCUGCAUAUGCGCCUAUGUGAAGCCAGUCGGAAGAGGGAGCGCUAUGACCUGAGAGACUUGAUGAGCAGCACUCUCGCCCGGCUCCGGCCAGGUGACGCUGUGACGUUCGUCGAUAACCACGAUACCGUGGAAGGCAUGGACCUAGAGAGCUGGGUUGAAGAGAAUUUCAAGAUCCAAGCAUAUGCCCUGAUCCUGCUUCGACCCGAGGGAUACCCGUGCAUCUUCUACGGCGACUUGUACCCCAACAAGAAGUGCUACAACGCGAACACAGCGGCUAACCUGCGUCGGCUUAUCGAGGCACGCCGGCUAUACGCGUACGGGCCCGUACAAGACUACAACGCCGGGAAGAACUGCAUCGGCUUUGUGCGCGGGGGCACCGGGCGGCACCCCGGAUGCGUGGUGCUAUUGAGCAACAGGGACGAGGCCGGACCGCUGCAUACUAUUCGCAUGAAUGUCGGUCCAGCCAGAGCAGGUGCUAUCUAUCGCAGCUACAUGACGCAAGGUGGGGAGGUGCAAAUUGAUGCGCAUGGGUGGGGCGAGUUCUCUUGCUUCGCCAACGCCGUACAGGUGUGGGUUCCGGCGGCGUGAAGCUCACCAACGCUCGCCAGAGCAGUUUGGUUUCUUGAUCUCUUGCUCGCAUCUAUGGACUUUGGUUUCGUCGUCAUGAUAGUCGUUAUUUAUAAGUACAGGCCGCGAUAAGUAUGGGGAGGACAGCUACAGGUAUUUGGUAUAAUACACUACAGUACUUCGAUAAUUUUGUGCGGAUCCCCCGUAUACCCAAAUGACCAGACCUACACAAUGGCCGCUAAUGGUACAAUUACAGUGCAGGACGCCAACGGUUAAAGUUCGUCAGCUAUACUGCCGUGAACUUGAAGUCCGAUCCGUUAGGAGAUACAGCGCGUCCGUGUCCGUCCAAAGAAUACACCUGCCGCUCGUAGGAUUCGGCAAAGGACGCUCGUCG